UGGGUUCACGACUCCCGCCAUUAUUGUAAUAAUCAGCACCAAAAAACAGAUGAAUUAAUCUUCUGCGUAUUUUCACGAUGUCAAAUUUACACAUCGACAAAGAUGCGUUUAACAGAAGAAUCAAGCGUCUAUACACCGCUUGGAAUAAAGCAGGGGGAAACGAUCCAUUGGCACAGUCAGAUGCAUUAGUUGCAGCUGUUGGAGUGGAUGAAGAGAUUGUCUACUCUAAAUCAACUGCAUUACAGACUUGGUUAUUUGGAUAUGAAUUAACAGACACAAUUGUUGUUAUUGCUGAAAAGAAGAUUAUCAUAUUGGCCAGUAAAAAGAAGAUCGAAUUUCUUAAACAAGUUGAAAAUUCAAAAGAUACUGAAAAUGGAUCUCCAGCAGUCAAGUUACUUACAAGGGAUAAGGGAGACAAAGACAAAGCCAAUUACCAAAAAUUAAUUGAGGCAAUUAAAGAAAGCAAACAGGGUAAAACAGUUGGAGAGUUUGUUAAAGAUAAGUUUCCAGGAGAGUUUAUGGAUGGAUGGAGAAAUUCUCUUAAAGGAGAAGGUUUUGUAAAGGUUGAUAUUAGUGCAUCAUUAGCCUAUGAGAUGUCAAUAAAAGAGGAGUCAGAACUAAAACUGAUGCAGAAAGCCAGUCAAAUCACAUGUGAUGUAUUUGCUAAGUAUCUUCGAGAUCAAAUUAUGGAAAUCAUUGAUGCUGAAAAGAAAGUAAAGCAUUCAAAACUUGCUGAUGGUGUUGAACAAGCUUUACAAAAUAAGAAAUUUGUAUCAGGAGUUGAUCCAGCUAAUUUGGACAUGUGUUACCCAGCAAUUAUUCAGAGUGGUGGAAAAUACAGUCUGAAAUUUAGUACAGUCAGUGAUGAUAACAACAUAGAUUUUGGAACAAUAAUAUGUGCUAUGGGUGUUCGUUACAAGUCCUACUGUGCUAACAUUGUAAGAACAUUAAUGGUGGAUCCAUCAGACAAACAACAGAAAGAUUAUGAAUUUCUUCUCAGUGUAGAGGAUGCUAUUAUGGAAAAACUUAAAGAAGGAGAGAAAAUGAGUUCAGUGUAUGAACAUGCAGUAAGCUUUGUAAAGAAAGAACGAUCAGAAUUAGUUGAUAAAAUGACAAAGAGUAUUGGGUUUGCUAUGGGUAUAGAAUUCAGAGAAGGAUCAUUGUUGUUAUCUGGAAAGAAUAACUUGAGAAUUAAGAAAGGAAUGACAUUCAACAUCAAUGUAGGAUUUGCUGAUUUAAAAGAUGGUGAUAAGAAGUAUGCUUUGUUCAUUGGUGACACAGUAAUGGCAAAUGCGGGGUCAGCAGCAUCAUUGAUGACCACACAAAAGAAAAGAAUCAAACAUGUUGGAAUCUUCCUGAAGGAUGAAGAUGAUGAUGAGGAGGAAGAGGAAGAAAAAGAGGAUGAGCCAGUUCUUUUAGGGCGGGGCCAUAGAAAUGCUGUUUUAGACAGCAGGACAAGGAUGGAUAUGACAACAGAAGAAAAAAGACAAAAGCACCAGAAAGAAUUACGAGAGAAAUUAAAUGAAGAGGCAUUGCAAAGAUUAAAAGGAAUGAAAACAGGCACAGAAGAUAAAAAAGUGCGGAAGUCAAAUAUUUCUUACAGUAAACCAUCAUGGCUCCCUCAUGAUUCAGAAGUUAGGGACCUCCAGUUAUUUGUUGAUAGAAAGUAUGAGACUGUCAUCUUACCUGUCUUUGGUAUACCAACACCAUUUCAUAUUGCUACAAUAAAGAACAUAAGUCAGUCAAUAGAAGGCGACUACACAUAUCUCCGUAUAAAUUUCUAUCAUCCUGGAUCAUCUCUUGGUAGAAAUGAAGGAAAUGUUUUUCCUCAACCAGAUGCUACCUUCCUUAAAGAAAUUACCUACAGAAGUUCAAACACCAAAGAGCCAGGAGAAAUAUCUGCUCCAUCAUUAAAUUUGAAUACAGCAUUCAGAUUGAUUAAAGAAGUACAGAAAAAGUUUAAAACCAGAGAGGCAGAGGAAAGGGAAAAAGAGGGUAUUGUUAAACAAGACACACUUGUUAUCAAUCCAAACAGAGGAAAUCCAAAAUUAAAAGACCUAUAUAUCAGACCAAAUAUUGUAUCAAAGAGAAUCUCAGGAACAUUGGAAGCCCAUACAAAUGGAUUUAGGUUUACUUCAGUGAGAGGAGAUAAAGUUGAUAUCCUAUAUAACAACAUCAAAAAUGCUUUCUUCCAGCCUUGUGAUGGAGAAAUGAUAAUCUUGCUACAUUUCCAUUUGAAGCAUGCCAUUCUGUUUGGCAAGAAGAAACACAUUGAUGUAGAGUUUUACACAGAAGUUGGAGAAAUCACAACAGAUCUUGGGAAACACCAGCACAUGCAUGACCGUGAUGAUUUACAUGCUGAACAGGCUGAGAGAGAAUACAGACAGAAGUUAAAGUCUGCAUUUAAAGGUUUCUGUGAAAAGGUGGAAAACAUAACAAAACAGGAGGUAGAAUUUGAUACACCAUUCAGAGAACUAGGAUUCCAUGGAGUACCAUUUAGAUCCACAGUAUUGUUACAACCAACUAGUGGAUGUCUGGUUAACCUUGUAGAGUGGCCUCCAUUUGUGAUAUCAUUAGAUGAAGUUGAAUUGGUGCAUUUUGAACGUGUGCAGUUCCAUUUGAAGAAUUUUGAUAUGGUAUUUGUGUUCAAAGAUUACAGUAAAAAAGUAGCAAUGGUGAACUCAAUUCCAAUGCAAAUGUUGGAUCAUGUCAAGGAAUGGCUGAAUUCCUGUGAUAUUCGAUACUCAGAGGGAGUUCAGAGUUUGAAUUGGUCUAAGAUUAUGAAGACAAUUACAGAUGAUCCAGACGGAUUCUUUGACAGUGGUGGAUGGUCUUUCUUAGACCCAGAAAGUGAUGCUGAAGCUGAUGAUGGUGAUGAUUCAGAAGAAGAUGAACAUUAUGAACCCUCUGGCGAUGAUGAUUCUGCUGAGGAAAGCAGCGAUUAUAGUGAGGAAAGUGACUGGGAAGGAGAAGAGGAAGACUCAGAAGAAGGAGAAGACGAUCUUGGUUCAAGUGAAGAAAGUGGUAAAGAUUGGGAUGAACUUGAAGAGGAGGCAAGAAGAGCCGAUGCUGAUGCUGAGAAUCCGUAUGCUGAGGCAGCACCUGCAAGACACAUAUCAUCUAAACAUCACCACAAAUCAUCACAUCACCAUAGCAGUAGUAGUAGCCACCACAAACCCAGUAGUGGUAGCCACCACAAACCCAGUAGUGGUAGCCACCACAAACCCAGCAGUGGUAGCCACCACAAACCCAGUAGUAGUAGCAAACGUAAACGGUCAGAUAGUGGAAGUCACGAUAGAAAGAAAGAUAAAAAGAAAAGACAUUAAAAUAAUGAAAACAAAUUGCGAAUAUUUAUAACGCAAUAAGAACAUAAGAACAAAUGAUCAAAGACAAAAUAAAAGCAAAAGUUGUAAUUAAUAUGUAAAGUAUAUGUUGUUUGAAAUCUUAUACUAGUGUCUCACUUUUUCUGAUAUACUGUUAGACAAUUUAAAAACUAUGAGUAUCAUGAGUUAUGUAUAUACUUAAAAAAAAUCUUUACUGGUUUCAUCAUAGUGUACUUAUGUAUUAUAUUACCAAAUAGCCCAGGAUAUUGAAUUAUUACAUAAAAGACCGUAGGUUGUAUAUGUAGAGAAUGUGAUAUCCACCUGAAUAUAAAUACUUAAGUUGUCAUUUUUGCUUUCCAUGCAAUAUGAAUAAUGUGAGGAGACGCAUAUGGACUGUCAGGGGCCAAACAAAGGAUAAAAAUGAACAGAAAGUUUAUAGUGCUUGUAUUCUGUUAAUAAAUACAUAGUUUCAUCAAA